AUGAGGACUAAAACAAGGGCCUCAACGUUGGAGGACUUGGAGACUGAAGCUUUAAUGGUUGAGUGGGGCUUAAAUGAAAGGACCUUUCAACAUUCUCCACUUAGCAGCUUGGGUGUAUUUGGGAGUCCAAUUGAUGUACUUCCCCAGAAUCCUCCGCAGCUGCCUCCCCUUGCAGAAAGUUUGGGUCGUUUUGUUCAGACUAAAAAUGGAGGGUUUUUGCGCUCAAUGAAUCCUGUGCUUUUCAGGACCGCAAAAAACAGAGAGAGCUUAAUUAUGCAGGCGUCAAGUCCAGUGGUGGUGCCUGCUGAAAUGGGUUCUAGCAUAAUGGCAGCUGAAUCAAUGUCGCUGUUUAAUUUAGCAAAUAACUCAAUUGUGGGAGUAAUCAGGGCUUGUAUUUCUGGUCUUCGUAGGUUGACACGCUUAAAUUUGUCCCACAAUGCAGUGAGAUAUAGGAUUUCCCCAAGAUUAGUUUUCUCAGAGAAGUUGGUUGUUUUGGACUUGAGUUUUAAUGAAUUGUUGGGAAAUCUUCCAAGUGGUAUUAUUGAGAAAGCCGAGAGGUCUGGAAUUUUACUACUUGAUCUAUCGCAUAACCAGUUCACUGGAGAUAUUCCAGCAUCAUUAACUGANUUACUUCUUGAUCUAUCAUUAUCUGAUUUGAAAGUUUGCAGGCAUUGUUUCUUUCUCACAAUCUUCUUACAGUUACUCGCAUUAACGCUAAAGAACAACAAACUUUCGGGUGAAAUUCAACCGGAGCUUCAACCGCCACCUUCUUCCGCCUGGCCCGCGCUGCCCCCUUCUCUGCAAUAUCCCGCCGCUUCACCAUCGACUCCCCUACCGCCUGCAGGGCUUUUUAUGUUGUCUGUAUGGCCAUUGUUGAUAAUCUUGGCCAUUUGUUUGAGUUUAAUUCUGAUAUCAAUAGGAUUAUAG